AUGGACAAUUCUUUAUCGACACCACGUAAAAAUGAACUUGUUGAAACUAUGUUCAAAUCACUUAAUUCAUAUACAAGUGAAUUACAACAAGAAAUACUCAAUCGAAAAGUUGCUGAUCAAACUCGAACUGAACAAACGUACGAUACAUGUCAAAAGCAACUUCAAGAUGAUUUGAUCCAAUUACGUGCAGCUAUUGAAACCAAUACUGAAUUAUUUUUAUUGAACUUUAGGUUACAUUCUCAAAUUGUCGAAAAACGUCAAGAACAAAAUAUGAUUAUUGAUAAAUCAAAUACAGCUAAAUAUAAUCAUCAUCGAAAUAUGUUAGAAGAAAACUUUUAUCAUUAUUUUGAAAAUUUAAAUCGGAUUAUUUUUAGUACUAAAAUAACUGAACAAUGUGCCAAUUUAACAAUGGCUUUUCGAACGAAUUAUCAUGCUUAUGCUCGAGCAGAUCUUGAUGAAAUUCGAAAAAAAACUGAAACUCGUUUGAAGACAAUUUCUGAUGAAGUGGCUAAUACUGAACUAACUGUUGUUAAUACUAAAGAUAAAAUUAUUGAAUUAAAUAAAAAGCUUGAUCGAGAAAUAAUUCAUUUUAAUUAUUUAAAAGAAUCAAUUGAAAUAAUUGCAAAAAAACUUCAAGUAGAUUAUGAAGAUAUAAUUAAUUUUGAUAAUCUUGAAAAACAAUUAACUGAUAUACAAACAUCAAUCAAUGAAUUAGAAGCUUGGCAUAUUCGAACAGAUUAUCCAUCACAAGAACAAUAA